AUGACAAGGUUUGAAGUUACUCCGGAAUUGAAAUCUUUAAUCACCAAAUCAACCUUAAAUGCGGAAAUAAUAGAUAAACUUGUCUCUUCAGAUCAUAUCUCUCAUCAAAAUUUAGUAACUUUUUACAAAACAUGUAAACCAACAGAUUCCUUAUUACAAUUGAUUAAAACGACAAAAGUUUAUAUCCCAUCAACCGUUCCUGAAAAGAAACCUCAAUCUAAAGAAUUCAUAAAAAAUAUGGAAAUGCUAAGGUUAAAGGCAAAGGAAGAUGAAUAUCAAAAAUUAAUUAACCCUACACCUGAAAUGCAGACUUUAUAUGAACAAACCUCAGAUUCAAAGCAAUCACCAGCACAAAUGCAUAAAGAAUUGAAAAAUCAACUAACAACAAUAUUGAAUGUAUUUAUCAGUGUGGCCAGUGUGAUGUAUGCCGUCUGGUACUGGACAAACUCAUCUAUGAGAAUACAAACAAGUUACCGAGUUUUACUUUCUUUGUUUUUUGGGAUUCUUGUACUUGUGGCAGAAGUUGUCGUUUAUAUGGGGUACAUAAAUAAGGUUGAAGAAGCACGUAAAAAGGAGAGACAAACAAAGGAAGUGAAAACUUUUCUCAAGCAAUUGGAUUAA